AUGUCCCACUUGGUAUACAAGAAACCCCUGCAAAGCCAGACCCACCGCGAAGACUACAAAGUCCUCCGGAAGGCAAAGGAUGCCGGCCUAAUCGAUCUGGAAUCCUACAAAUCUGCUAAGAAGGACCUUCUCGCCGACGCCGAAGACAGUUUCGCCACCGGUGGUGGAUUGGCUUCCUCCCGGAGCUCCCUCAAGCGGAUAGUAACAGAUGAGAGUACCUCCCCACCUGCUUCGAUUGCAACUUCCGCCUCCUCCUCCGAAUCCCCCACUAGAGAGAGGCCUAGAAAGGGGAGCAUAUUCGAGAGGAAUGAUCUGAGUCGGCUGGUUUACAAACCUGACCAGCGCUUCGAGGAGGAUCGCGAGGCGACAAAGAAGGAACGGAAGUUGCGGAAGGCCUUAGAAGCUGAGAGAGAAGCGAGGGUGGAAUCCUUCAGGCAUAUUUCUUCCGGAACUGAAGGUGCAUCUUCGAGCGUGGACCUUAGGGCCUCUAGGACUACUAGUGUUUCGAGUUCCUCGGGAAGCUCGAAUAGGUCUUCGGGACCAAAGCUUGGGAUAGGGUUUAGGUUUUUUGGGAGGAAGGCGCCACCGGUGGGCUCCCCGGUGGCCUUGGAAGCUCCAAGGCUAGAGGAAAAGGAGGAAGAUGAUUUGUACAAUAGGAGAAGAGCUGGUUCAUUGGGGACUAUUGCAUCGGAGAGGUCCGGCCUGAGCUCUGAAAGAAGACAUGCGGCGGGUCAGGCGACACACGAGGAUCAGGGUUACUUGAGGACUGUGGCGGAUUACAUCCUUGUCCCAAAGCCUUCCUCAACGAAGGCAAAAUCGCUGAAUAGUUCAAGGUCGGGAACAGUAUCCCGACGCCACUCAUUCGGAAGUCAGGGCGAACGCCCAAGUUUCUCUUCCGUGAGGCCCGACUCCUCUGCCAGCCGUCCAACUCGACGAGAUGGAGGCAUCAUUUUUGCGGAAGAUGGAAGAUUGCGUUUCCGGAGCGAAGGCAUUGAGCAGGAGGAGGAGGCUACCAGACGGCAGUUAUCCACGUCGCUACUCCAUCUGUUCACCCAAUUCCUGGUGACCUUCUCGAACACGUCUCGGCUCUUCACCUAUGCCAAGUACGGUACCGCCAGACGGGGGUCAAUUUCCGUCUGCUCUGCCUCCGCUAUCGAUUACGAUGCUGAGGACAGUGAGACGGAUGACUUUUCUGUAAACUCGGAUGAGUCAUUUGUUCAUUUGAGGGGUAUUCUGGAACGGAGGACUUGGUUCCUGAGCGCGAUGAAGUGGUUAUCCUUUGAGAGGGUAUUGUUUUCUCCGGGACAUCACUUGAUGGUGCUGAAUAGUGGGGGCACAAUACUUGACCUUGACGCUGGGGGAAUAGGUAACCUCCCCUCCCAUCUUCCAGCCCGCAACUCAUUUAAUUCGGUAUGGCUAACCCAUCAAAGCGAACUGGUCCUGGCACCUCUCCUUAACAUACCCAGCCUCCAAUAUCCAAACCCUCAUUCUCCCCACGAGCCCCCGACCCCCGCCAACAGCCAUCCACCCCCCAAACCUAGCUUUCAUAACGGCUCCAUCUCUAACCUCCCUUGCCACUAUCCCUUCCGCCAGCGUCGACGUAAUAGUAUCCCACUCCCUCCCGCGCAUCUUCUUGAGCACGGCCUCAAGCACUCCGCACGACCAGCAGAUAUCACAAAUCCUUCGCGAGCUCCACCGCAUAUUAAAGCCCAGUGGGUAUUUAGAACUUACCAUCGUCGACCCGCUAUUGAAUAACAUGGGUCCACUAACGACGGCUUAUAUCGCGAAUCGCGUCCUCCCCGCUCCUACUGCGCAGGGGGUGAUUAAGCCUUCGAGGGGAAUUUUGAAGGCGCUCAAGUCUAUGGGGCCGACAGAGAUGGGUUUGUGGGCUGAGGUCAAGACUUGUGAUAUGUGGAUGCCUACGACUAGUAUUGGAGAUGAACUUUCCACCGUGACGAGUCGAGUUGGGAGAUUUUUAUAUGAUGAGCUGUACGCCACCGGAGAGGCAGGGGUCCUGGCGACGGGGGUAGUGGAGGUCAAAGAAGGGGGAAUGUGGGCCGAUGCAGAAAUUGUGGAGGAGUGCGGCAGGGAGAAUACUGCGUUUAAAUGGGCUAAAUGUUAUGCCAGAAAAGCCUGCUGA